UAUAAUCAAUGACAAGGUAAAGAUGGGAACUACAGUGGGACUGUUCAGCUUGGUGUUCCUCUUUAAUAUGUUCAUGUUUGGAGCGACAAUCAGACGUGUUUGGAUUCUACGCAAAAGCACAGAGUUUGGGCAGAGUAACCGUGACAGAGCCAAGAAAGACAUUUGUACCCUGCUGGGAGUCAUGACUCUGCUCGGCAUUACCUGGGGCCUGGUCUUCUUCUCUUUUGGCUACCUGACCACUGCUGGCCUCUACCUCUUCUGCAUCCUGAACUCAUUUCAAGGUUUCUUCAUCUUCCUGUGGUUUAUGAUGUCACUGAGAAAGGCUAAAACCUCAGUUACUAAGACAAGCAGUGAAACACGUAGCACCACCACCUAGCUCACACACAACUACCAGUAACCCAAGAAGUGCCUAUGUGUUUCCUUUUAAAAUGUGUAAAGUAAUAUAAAUCUAGAAAAAUCCUUUC